AAGGUGAGGAAAGGAGGCGCGAGAGAAGACCUGGCGCGCCCAAGUAGCGGCGCCAAAUCCCGACCCGAUUCACAAUCGCCGAGCCAAAAUCAGUUCCAUCCCACUACCACUUUCCAGUUCCCACACCCGUGCGGUGCGGCCCAAACUGUAGCGACCUCGUGUCCAGCCGAAAUUACUCCUAAACUUAACCAUACCGCCCAUCUUAUCUUAGCCCCCCAGGCCACCCCCUGAUUCCAAAUUCCCCGCUUCCUCUUCCUGGGCUUUCUUCUUCUUCUUCACACACUCCCUCACUUCCUCCUUUUCCCUUCUAUUCCCCCUUUCCUCUCUGUUUUCGCUAACCCUUUUACCGUUUCCUGUAAUUCCCCUCCUUUCUUCCAUGGAGAAAGGCCUCCAACCACCUAAUUUUGCCCCCUUUUAGUUGUUUUCUCUCUAACCCACAUUCCCUUUUUCAGAUUGGCCUGCAUAUUCUACGUUAUUUCUGCAAAAAAAUUAUCCAAAUCAAUGGGUGGUACAUUCAAUCCACAAAUUUUGGUAGACAAGCUAGCCAGGCUCAACAACUCACAGGCGAGCAUUGAGACUUUAUCCCACUGGUGUAUAUUUCACAUGAACAAAGCCAAGCAAGUUGUAGAAACAUGGGAUAAGCAGUUUCAUUGUUCUCCACGUGAGCAGAGGUUGGCCUAUCUGUAUCUUGCUAAUGAUAUUUUGCAGAACAGUAGGCGAAAAGGCUCAGAGUUUGUUGGUGAAUUUUGGAAAGUCCUUCCUGAUGCACUUCGUGAUGUAAUUGGGAAUGGAGACGAAUUUGGAAGAAAUGCUGCCCUACGACUGAUUGGCAUUUGGGAAGAGAGAAAAGUUUUUGGAUCUCGAGGACAGAGUCUUAAAGAAGAAAUAAUGGGGAAGCAUUUGGAAACUGGUAGCCGAAAUGGGAAGCCAUUCAGCAGUAAACUGAAACAAUCUGCCAGUGUAUCAUUGGAUAAAAUAGUUUCUGGUUACCAAGUUGUUUAUGGAAAUGAGAUUGAUGAAGAUGCAGUAUUAAGCAAAUGCAGGAAUUCUAUUAGCUAUCUUGAGAAACUGGACAAAGAAAUUGGCACUGAUGUCAAUUCAGGGCAAUACCGUGGAUCUUCAAUUGCAGAUGAUUUGCGGGGACAUCAUACCAUUUUGAGGGACUGCAUCGAACAAUUAACAUCAAUUGAAACAUCAAGGGCAAGCCUCGUGUCUCAUCUGAGAGAGGCUCUUCAAGAACAGGAAUUCAAAUUGGAGCAAGUCCGAAAUCAACUUCAGGCUUCUCAUUCUCAGUCUGAACAAACUCAGAAUCUCUGCCGUCAGUUUUUAAAUGGUGAAAAUGUGCAACCUAUGACUGAGGAGGCAUCAAAAGAUGCUCAGACCUCGAUAGCACCUCACAGCCUUGUACCAAGGGACAGAGAACAAUCGGCGCCAGUAAUGUAUGCAGGCUCAUUACCUUUUCCUACAAAACCUGGACCUAGUGAGGAAGAUCCCCGUAAGUCUGCUGCUGCUGCAGUGGCAGCGAAGCUAACUGCAUCGACAUCCUCGGUUCAGAUGCUCUCUUACGUCCUAUCUUCUCUGGCAUCAGAGGGCGUAAUUGGAAAUCCAAAUAAAGAGUUACCUGGCGAUUAUCCAUCUGAGAAGAGGCCGAAACUUGAGAAUGACCAGUUGCCUUACACAUUGCCUCCCAAUCCUCAGCGACCGCCAGUCUCUUCCUUCCCACAUCCGGAGUCUCUCCAACUCAACACUUCGUCCACCAGUCAACAAUACACUCCUUCUGACCCUCCACCUCCCCCAUCAUCAUCUCCACCGCCCAUGCCUCCGUUACCUCCUGUCGCACAGUUCCCUGUGCCCCAGUUCACACAGAAUGUAGGGUCAGUAAGUAGCAUACCUUACAGCUACAGUAUGACACAAUCACUGCCACCAUUAGCGAUGCCUGGCUAUCCAAAUGUCGGAGCCCCAGUGACGGGGUUGUCUCCUUUCACAAUACCAACAAAUUCUUACCAGAGUUUUCAGGCUCCAGAUGGUAAUUUCUAUAAUCAAUCUUCAUCCAUGCCGAUGGCACCGAUUUCUAGGCAGUAGAGCUAUGCAAUACUAGUGCUACUUGAUCUGUUGUGCUAACAAAUCUUUCAGGAAGUGGUGCAUCCCAUUAAAGGCCCUACGAGGAAAUCUUGCAUCCUUGUAUGCUCCUUAAGUUCUGACGACUUAACUACAUGGAUAUUGCACAUAGUAAUAGUUUGUAAUUUAUCUUCACUUUCCAAUGUAUUAUUUGCUUGGAGUCUCUGACGAUAUUUCACGUAGUUGAAUGGUGUAGUAUGAUAAUUAAUUAUGUUGACUUAAUAGAUUUUUGCACAUAGUAAGAGUUUGUAAUGUAACUUCAUUUAUUAAUGUAAUGCUCCGAGGUUAGAAUAGAA